GGAAAGCCACCGGGUAGCGCCUGUCCGCCCGGUUCCAAAGCCAAGAACAGAACUCCACCACCACCGGGGAGAGAGAGAGAGGCCACGAGGAGGAGGAGGAGGAGGAGGAGGAGAUAAAGGGGAAAUCAUGGAGGCGAUUUGCUGUGGAGAUUCGGGUGCGUGAUCUGGUCGGAUCCCGCUUUCCCGGGAAGAGCAGAGGAGAACGGCCGUGGCGGUGGUGCCGGUGAUGUGGUGGGUGCUGCCAUGCCAUCCCAUGCUAGUGUGAAUCAAUGAUGCCCGCCCCCGCCUAUAUCCUCCCCGUAGCCCCCCCUCCCUGCCCCGAGUUGCCGCAUUAGCCACCAAAGCAGCACUCCCCCGUCUCACCUCCCACCUCUCCAAUCCAAGCCUCCCUCCGGCGGUGGCGACGACGCAGAGACCGGCGAGAUCCUACUCUGUCUCUGUCUGAGCGGGAGCAGAGGAAGAAAGAUUGGGAGGUGCUCCGUGCGGAUUGGCUCGGUCCCUCUGGUUCUUGCUCCGCCCGCCCGCGCGCCAUGACGGUGGUCGACGCCGAGGCCCGGUUCCACGUGCUGGCGGUGGACGACAGCGUCAUCGACCGGAAGCUCAUCGAGAUGCUGCUCAGGACCUCCUCCUACCAAGUCACCACGGUGGACUCCGGGAGCAAGGCGCUGGAGGUCCUGGGAUUGAGGGACGAGGGCGACGACUCCUCAUCCUCAUCCCCAACCUCCUCCUCCGCCCCUGCCCACCACCAGGAGGUGGGCGUGAAUUUGAUCAUCACUGACUACUGCAUGCCCGGCAUGACAGGAUACGAUCUGCUGAGGAGGGUCAAGGGGUCAUCUUCAUUGAAGGACAUUCCAGUGGUGAUCAUGUCGUCUGAGAAUGUGCCUGCCAGGAUCAGCAGGUGCUUGGAGGACGGCGCGGAGGAGUUCUUCCUCAAGCCCGUGAAGCUGGCUGACAUGAAGAAGCUCAAGUCCCACCUGGUCCGGCGGAAGCAGCCCCAGCUCCAGCCGCCGCAGCCACAAGAGAAGCCACAGCAGCAGCAGAAGGCAGAGCUAGCGCCAACAGAGCUGGUGGAGGAAGUGGCAGCGGAAGUGACGGCCACCGGAAUCACGAGUGACUGCGGCGGCGGCAGCAGGAAGAGGAAGGCGGCGAUGAUGGAGCAGGACGGGACGACGAACGCGAGCCUCUCCGGGGGCAGCGGCGGCCUGGCGGUGGAGACCUGAAUCCUCAAGAAAACUGAACACACGGCCCCAACACCAGAGGUCGUCCGUCUGCAAUUUUUUGGGGUUUACUUGCUCUCGUAUGGAAGAAUCAUCAUCGUCAUGGCUAAUUGUAGCUCCUGGUCCUGGGUGUGGGUGGGCGAGUAAAAUAUUUACUUAGUUCUAAGUGAAGAACUAGAGAAAAAGGUCAUUAAUUACAUACUACCUUCACACUAGAAGCUGAAUUUUGGUGUGCUCAGGAAGGAAGGAGCAGGGGAGGGGAGUGGGGGUGAAAAGUGAAACCAAGUUGUAGAUAAUGCUGCCGGCCGCCGCGGCGCCCGCCCUGGAUGAUGAUGAUGAUUCCAAGACUAAUUUUAUGGCUUAUUUAUUCUGA